AUGAUGAAUGCAGUAGCGAUCAAACUCUUCUUCAAUGAGUUCUGUUACCAAGGCUAUGUGCUGAAGAACGACGGCAACUACAAGAAGGAUAAUCACCAAAGACGCAAUGAAGAUCUUCACGCAGAAGUCGAUGUGGUGUAUCGCCCGAUGACACAUGGAAGGUAUCUUACACCUCCAUCGAAAGUGGCUGCAAAAAAUCGUCUCUGCUUGUUUGGCCAUAACACUAAAGAGCACAAUAACAAUCGCCUUCUUCAACAAGAUCGGUAUGCCAAAUGGAAAGAAAAAAUUACGCUCGAAGGCGUGUUCAUCCUGUGCGACAACGAGGGCAUCCGUCAUCUUCCUCGACUUCCAGCUCAUAGAAGCAGGAUGACCUUCUGGAUGAAGAUUACAUGA